AUGACAGCAUUGACAACUCUGGAAUCAGUCAUUAAAGAGUUUGUUAGCUCUAAUUCCUCAUUUAAACUGCUGGAUCCAAUCCCGUACCAUGGCAUUCGUGGCUCUGAUGAUAUAGCUCCUGCUUCCAAGAUCAUAUCCAAGGGUCCUUUGUGCAUUCUGGACUCGUCUUUCAAUCCUCCUCACAAAGCUCAUCACAUUAUAGCUGAAAGUGCCUUGAAGUUCUACGGCUCGCAGUCGCCAUCAUUGCUACUUCUGUUGGCGACUAACAAUGCUGACAAAAAGGGUCAGUCCAUCCAACAGUUUGCCCACAGAGUCAAAAUGAUGCAAUUGAUGGCUGAGCACAUGAUGGCCUCCAAUAAAGACUCACCUCCUGUCUAUGUUGGACUUACCAAUGAAGCCAAGUUUGUUCACAAGCUGGAUGCUGUCAAAGACGUAUUACAAACCCCGUCCUCAGCUCAGUCUACAUCCCUCUCAUCAUCUUCACCUGCAUCACCUUCAUCACCGUCAGUAGUGUUUCUAGUGGGUUUCGAUACCCUGGUUCGCAUUCUGGACUCGAAAUACUAUGAUCCCAACCUGCCACUUGAAGAGUCUCUAGCACCACUCAUGACGCGAGCAGCAUUCUUCUGUCUGACUCGACAACCCGACCCAAUCUCAGUCCCACAAACCAACGCCUUCUCAACCCUCGACAGCACCGAAAGCAGAGGUGUAUUCCAUGGCCAAGGGGACGGCACCGCCCUUAGAGCUCGAGGUGGUGCUGGCGGCAGCGGUGGCAGAGGCAGAGCCGCUGCCAGAAGAGGCGCCAGAGGUGGCGUGGAUGGCAACAGAGGUCGACACAGACUUGGCCUUGCAGACAUAAGAGUCUCCUUGGAUAUCACCGUCAGAGUGAGCUUGGUUCCAGGACGAACAGUUGAACUUGGACGAAGAAGACUCAAUGUCAACACCACCCUUGACCAAAGUCAAAGAGGGCAAUUGGGCAGAGCUGAAGUUACCAGUGAAGUCAAUGGCACCACCAACAGACUUGACCUUGGGGAAUCCGAGAACAGAACCCAAUUGGGUGUUGUUGGCAAUUUGGAAUCCUCCGCCAACAGUGCUCAAUUGAGGGAAAGAGACGUUGGAAAGUUGGUCAUUAGAAACAAUAGCCAAAGAACCACCGAUUUGAGUGAGUUGGGGGAAGGCAAGUCCGUUGACGGUGUUGUUAAUGAAACCAGCAGAAGCAUUGACAACAGUGAUGUUGGGCAUCGAGAUCGACGAAACGUCUCUGAAAGUGAUGUUGUUGGCCCAUUGAAGACUGGGGAACGAGGCGGAAACCUGUUGAGCAUUGAACGAGAUGUCCAAAGAUUGAGCAACAGUUUGAAGGUUGACAUUGACCUCGUUGAGAUAUCUGUUGUUGUUGAUAUCAAAAGUGUCAACAUUGUCAACAUUGAUACCCUCAAGAGAAGUCAAGGAAGUGUCGGAAAUGGUGAUGCUCUUGGCUUGGUUAACAACGUUGUUGAACUGGAUGCUACCAAGACCAGCCAAGUGCAACCAGUAGAUAGCACCAACAGAGGUCAAUUGAGGCAUUGCCAAAGUACUCAAAGCAGGGAGAAUCUCCAAAUCAAGAGUUCCACCAAUGGAUUGAAGAGAAGGAGCAUUGAUCGAGCCCAAGUUGGUGGCAUUGUUGGCAACCAAGUCACCGGUGAUCUUUUGAACACCGUUGAUGUUGGCCGACGUCAAAGCAGGGUCAAGAGUCAAAGUACCGUCAAAAGUUUGACAACCGGCAAUGCCGUCCAAAUCGGAUUGCUGCUUAGCAGUCAAAUCACUGGAACAGGCAGAGUUGGAGGCAGCUGGAAUCUGUUAGUGGCUGGGUUUACUGGGGCGGGGGGUGCUGCCUCCGGCGGCUGGGGCUCUGCCCCAGACCCCGUGGCUCGCUUCGCUCGUUGCUGGGAUCGUCUGGUUUGGGUUGUGGAUCUGGUUGUGUGGUUCAGUGGUGGUUCAUGGAUGAUUCGCUGGUUGUUCAGUUGGGUAACUUAUCAAGAUCUCACUCUCUCACGGUCUCACAGUCUCAAAAUCUCUUGGUCUGAUGGUCUGAUGGUCUGGUAG